UAUAAUUGCGUCUUUGCUUCCUCCUUUACCUUUACGCGGCACAUAGAUUAUUCUCUCCAAGUGUGUUAAUUUCUCUUCUUCGUAAUCUAAUUUUGUUUUGUUACUGUUGAUUUGUGUCUUUCUGUUUCGUGGACUCUUUUUGACUCCCAUCAAUUUUAGGAUUCUUCUUCGUGUGUGGAUUUUGAUUUCUUCUUCUUCUCUGGUGGGUUUUGGAACUGUUAGGCUUUUGGGUAUUUUGUUGAAUUCCUUAGGGUUUUGUAGUAAGAUUUUGAUAAUUAUUGAAUCGUUUAGAACAAGAGUCAACUUUUUAAAGUCAUUUUAUAGAAUCUGAGUCUACUAGUCGUUGAAUAAAUAUUCUUAAAGAAAUGAUUUUUAUAAUCUUCUUCUCGUCGACUUUAUUUAUUAUUUAGAAUCUUGUAUUUGUUUUUAUAACCCAUAAUCUAGAAUUUGAUGAUUUUUCAGGUAUAAAGUUUUGUAAUUUACUUUUCAGGAGAAAAAAAUGGGUCAAGCUUUGGGUUGUAUUCAAGUUGAUCAGUCGAAUGUAGCAAUCAAAGAGACUUUUGGGAAAUUCGACGAAGUUCUUGAGCCGGGUUGUCACUGUUUGCCAUGGUGUUUGGGAAGUCAAGUCGCUGGUCACCUUUCUUUACGUGUUCAACAGCUCGAUGUUCGCUGCGAGACAAAGACUAAGGAUAAUGUGUUUGUCACGGUUGUUGCUUCCAUUCAAUACCGUGCCUUAGCGGAGAGUGCUCAAGAUGCUUUUUACAAGCUCAGCAACACGAGGAAUCAGAUUCAAGCUUAUGUCUUUGAUGUGAUCCGAGCAAGUGUACCUAAGCUGGAUCUAGACUCUACCUUUGAGCAAAAGAAUGACAUUGCAAAAACCGUUGAGACUGAGCUCGAAAAGGCUAUGUCGCAUUACGGGUAUGAGAUUGUUCAGACACUGAUUGUGGAUAUCGAGCCUGAUGUGCACGUCAAGAGGGCAAUGAAUGAGAUCAAUGCUGCUUCUAGAAUGAGAGAGGCAGCGAGUGAGAAAGCUGAGGCAGAGAAGAUUCUGCAGAUCAAGCGUGCUGAGGGAGAAGCUGAAUCGAAAUACCUUUCAGGUAUGGGUAUAGCCCGUCAGAGACAAGCCAUUGUGGACGGUCUGAGAAACAGCGUCCUCGCCUUCUCCGAGUCUGUUCCAGGAACAUCUUCCAAAGACGUGAUGGAUAUGGUUCUUGUGACUCAGUACUUUGACACAUUGAAGGAAAUUGGUGCUUCUUCGAAGUCAAACUCGGUGUUCAUACCGCACGGUCCAGGCGCUGUUAGGGACAUUGCUUCACAGAUCAGGGAUGGUCUUCUUCAGGGUAACUCUGCUGCUGAGUAGAGAAAUGUCUCAAAGUACAAAAAGGCUUUUUCAGAGUUUUAGAGUUGUGUUACUACUUGCUACUCAGUUUAUCUUUUAGCGGUUGGCUCUAUAUGGGUUCUUAAAUUUCUUAUCGUUUCUCUCUUCUAGGCUUGUGGACUUGAUCCAUUUUCUUGUUUUAUGGGUUUGUGGAUAGAGUUUGGGCUUGAAAAAUAUUUGUGUUAUUUUGGGUUUUAAUGUCGUUAACUCGUUAUUAAUGUUUAAACAGUGGUUAAAGAAUUUGUUAACGAGAAUCCUGAUUUUACUGAAUAACAACCAGAUUGUUAACAUUUAAUAAACAUUUCAAUUUAAUAAAAAG